AUGAACAUCAGAAAUUCGGCGGUGACGGUAUUCGUCCUAAGUGGUUGCAAUAGUUGCAAUGGUUACAAUGGUCGCCGUGGUCGCCGUGGAUGCGAUGGAUGCGAUGGAUGCGAUGGGUGCGAUGGUUGCCAUGGGUACGGUGGAUGCGUUGGUUGCGAUGGUUGCGAUGGUUGCCAUGGAUGCCAUGGAUGCCAUGGAUGCGAUGGAUGCAAUGGUUCCAAUGGUUGCGAUGGUUGCGAUGGUUGCCAUGGAUGCCAUGGAUGCCAUGGAUGCGAUGGAUGCAAUGGUUCCAAUGGUUGCGAUGGUUGCGAUGGUUGCGAUGGUUGCCAUGGAUGCCAUGGAUGCCAUGGAUGCGAUGGAUGCAAUGGUUGCGAUGGUUGCGAUGGUUGCGAUGGUUGCCAUGGAUGCCAUGGAUGCCAUGGAUGCGAUGGAUGCAAUGGUUGCGAUGGUUGCGAUGGUUGCCAUGGAUGCCAUGGAUGCCAUGGAUGCAAUGGUUCCAAUGGUUGCGAUGGUUGCGAUG